AUGGAAAUCCGCUCACAGAACACGGAUAGCACUAGAUACGCGGCGCUUCCUCUCUACUCGGCACAAGAGCCUCGUUUGGCAGAGAGACGGACAUGGAAGCGGCAGACUUCUUCUUCAAACGUCGACCACUCUGCCGAUUCAAUGUUUGAUGCCGAUGGACCCAUAGGCAGAACGACUGAAGCCCGUGGACUGGGGUUGACCGACGUCGAUGCAGCCUCGUCUCGAUAUCAACCCCUUCCAAAUCCACCCGCCCCGUCGUUUACUGCUUUGGAUGGAACAUUUAGUUCAAGGAUGCCAAACAAAUAUGCCAGCCCUCCGUUGCUACAGGGUCAACAGUCCAGCCCUUUACGAACCGAAACCACACUUUCAAUCGAUGGCCCGACCCAUAGUGAACAUUCGUCCCUGUCCCAUCUAGGCCCACCAACACCCAACUUUUUCACCUCUCAAUCGGAACUGCUUCAUCCUUCAAACAAAGCCGAGAAUGCCUGUCCCAGUGAUGGAGAUGUUCUCACAAGCCCAUGGUCAUGGCAUUCGGUCCCAAUUCUUUUGCUGGCCUUGUAUGCCACCGUCUUCUCAGCAAUAUUUCUUACGAUAGCAAUCAUGAAACCAAGAUGGGGAGAGAGGAUCGGCACCCAUGGAAGCCUCACCUUCGCCAAUGCCUCUCUAAUGAGCGCCAUAUUCGCCAAGACCAUCGAACUGUCCUUUGUCACCGUCCUGGUCACCCUGUUGGGCCAGGUUCUGACCCGUCGAGCUUUUGCCAAAACCAACCCCCAAAAGGGCAUCAGUAUCGCCGAAAUGAAUAUGAGAACAUGGAUCAUGCAACCGGGAAAUUUGAUUGUCAAUUGGAAAGAGUUUCGAUACGCCAAUUCCAUUAUUGGAGCGUUGGUGCUUUUAACUGCCCUGUCAGCAAUCUGGUACACCACCGCAAGCGAGGCACUCGUCAGCCCCAAGCUCAAGUUUGGCCCUGUUGCCGAUCGUAUGCUGAGCGGCCGAGUUUCCACUGUGUAUGCAAAUGCCAUGUAUUUGGGCGAGACGUGUGAACGCCCUAUUCAGCUUGCCGAUGACGAGGCCAGCGCCACGACGUGCCUGCAGAUCACCUAUGCUGGUGCAAGCUUCAAUCAUUUUUCACACUAUUUACGAAACUGGGAAAAUGCCAUUGGAGCUGGGAAUGCGAGCUUGGGAGGGUCUUCAUACUCGCAAAGACCCCCUCCGGUGGCGGUCAUGUACGACAACACCACCAUUUUUGGCCAAUGGAUCACUCCCAGCUCCGAAAAUAUCACCACCGACUCGAGGAGACAUGGCAGAUUGGUGGAAAAUGUCACAAUGGCCAUGCCCCACGCCGGUAUUUUCAACGCAGUAAGGGAACCUCGAAACCACAUUAUUCAGCCUGACGACCUUCAAGGCGCAGGGGAGUAUCGUGUUCAAGCUUCAGUUCCAGCGCCUGCAAUGAAUAUUCUUUGUGUCGGACUCACCUCGGAAGAAAUGGCCCCAAUGAUUGUCAACGUCACAGACCCAACCAAUUAUGUUCCCAAUCGUACCGCUGUCGACGACAUUUUUGGCUGGAACCCAGACGCAGAGAUCCCGGAGACACCUUGGUUCCCCAAGCUGCCUAUUCAGUACAAUACUAUCGUUCAUAUUCCUCCGGUCUGGGGACCGCCAGCGGUAUCACUUCUCGCUACCCCGGCGGAAGGAGCCAGUACCAGCGACCAUGUCCUAUGUACCAUUCGAUCUACGCAGUAUCGAGAUUGCACCACCUGGUAUAACGUCGCGCAAUCUGGCGGCCUGCUCAAGGUGCAUUGUGACGACGAUCCUGACAAUACCAUACCUUACCAAUCGUCACAACCAGAUGCUCCAAUAGGAGUGUGGGAAGCCAACUGGAAAGACAUAGGUGGAGAAUGGAUUCGAUCUUUGGCACUCAACAACGGGGUUUCUGAUGCCAACGCCAGUUCUGCUCGACUGGUCACACAAUUUAUCCCUGACUGGUCGGAGAAUACCGAUACUAUUCUCCCUUCCAACCGGCCUACGAUCGCCGAGUCGUUGGCGGUUCUGGCCGGUGGGACAGCCCUUCUCUCAAGCCUCAAUGCGCCUUUUGAUCAUAUAUGGAACUACACCGACACGAUUCUCGAAGAACCUGUGUACCAGACAUUCCGCGCCAGGUACAGCUAUAAGGACUAUGCCUCGGGUGGGACGCAGAACUGGCAAGGCAUAUUCUACGUCAUCCUAGCCGUGGUUUUCCUUUUCAAUCUAGCAACCCUUUGCUAUCUAUCCUGGAAUUUCAUCCGACACGGGUAUGUCACAGACUAUACCGAGCCACAAAAUCUUUUCGCCCUAGCCAUCAACAGUCCGCCGAGCACCGCCCUGGCCGGGGCGUGUGGAGCUGGUCCCUCACGCAAAGCGAUGUCCAAAAAAUGGAAUGUAGACAUGGCGCGGACAGAUACAGAUGUGGAUGGGUUUUCAUAUGAGCCCCAAGCGAUCGGAAGCCGACACCCUCAUUUCUUUAUCAGAUGUCGAGAAGAAGAGCUCAGUCCUAUGAUCUCCCAAAGUCAUCCAGUGACCCCUGUCUCAAGAGGACCCAAGUAUAGGCGGCACCGGCCUCCAACGAUGAAUGAUGCUGUCUACGGCGCAGAGUCGCCAUUGAUCGAGCAAUAUCAACGACUGGCGAGCAGUCGAUAACCAGCAAAACAGUCAUACCCUAUUGUCGAGCGCAAUACAAUGUAAGGGUUUUAGCAUAGCGCGGGGUUCAACUAGCUUAGAAUUGGAGCAGUGAGGAUACAACUCCAGUCAUGGGCUACAAGGCCAACAGAAAUCAUCGAGUAAUCCCAAUAUAGGUACAUUAUUG